UCGGCCCGUCCGCGCCUCAAGUGAGCUGCGGAACGUACCCCCAACCUUCGCACCGCGUCUCACUUCAAAAAGAUUACGAGAAUCCCCUGCUGCUCGAAAUUCGCGCUAUUGAAUGACACCCCAGCGAAACGAGCUACUCCUGAGAUCAAACGUGGACUCCACGACAACGCUGCAAGUGGAGAAGUGAUAAAGAGGAGAUCUCGAGGCAAAACCGAAGGAACAAAGGGAUCGGAGGAGAAUUGUGUACGGCAUGAUGAUGUACAAUAACGACAGCAGCCUCCUGAACCCGAUGGCCUUCGUAGGCUUGAACGGAGCCAUGGGAGGAAUGGGACCCGCCGGUGUCGGCCAAGGGCCGCAAAUGCAAGAGCACCUCCUGGGCUGGAACCAUCCCCCCGAGCACAUAGACAUCGUGCACCCGCACUGGCGCGGUUUUCUAGCACCGGGCAAGUACUGGCACAUCGGCCUCGCUCUUAUCUACUUCAUGCUGCUCGUCCUCUCGUUCGUUGGAAACGGCUGCGUCGUAUGGAUAUUUAGCACGUCCAAAGUGCUCAGAACCCCGUCGAACCUGUUCAUCAUCAACCUGGCGCUGUUCGAUCUGGUCAUGGCGCUGGAAAUACCCAUGCUGAUAAUCAACAGUUUCAUCGAGCGCAUGAUCGGCUGGGGCCUGGGCUGCGACAUCUACGCGGCCCUCGGCAGCGUCUCUGGUAUUGGCUCGGCCAUCACCAAUGCCGCCAUCGCCUACGAUCGAUACAGAGCCCGGCUCUGCGCUAUAUUCACGCUUUUUCCGCUUCGACGUAGGACCAUUUCCUGUCCAAUCGAUGGCAGACUGAACGGCAAGCAGGCGGCUGUUAUGGUAGCUUUCACGUGGUUCUGGACGAUGCCGUUCACCAUCCUGCCGUUCGCUAAGAUUUGGGGUCGAUACACUACCGAGGGAUUCCUGACGACCUGCAGCUUCGACUUCCUCAGCGACGACCAGGACACUAAAGUAUUCGUCGCUGCGAUUUUCUCGUGGUCCUACUGCUUUCCGAUGGUACUGAUCAUCUACUUCUACUCUCAGCUGAUCAAGUCCGUCAGACGACACGAGAAGAUGCUCCGCGAGCAGGCGAAGAAGAUGAACGUCAAGUCGCUCUCGGCCCAAGACAAGGAGAGAAGCGUCGAGAUGAGGAUCGCCAAGGUGGCCUUUACGAUCUUCUUCUUGUUCGUGUGCUCCUGGACGCCAUACGCCGUCGUGACGAUGAUCGCUGCCUUUGGAAAUCGCGAACUGGUAACGCCGUUCUCCAGCAUGCUCCCGGCUGUGUUCGCCAAGACCGUGUCCUGCAUCGAUCCUUGGGUCUACGCUAUCAACCACCCCAGGUACCGACAAGAGCUCACUAAGCGUUGCCAGUGGAUGGGAAUUCACGAGCCGGAUUCGGGACCGAGUCAAAACAACGCAGAGGCUGUGUCCGUCACGACGGAGAAGCUUAAGUCCGACGACGCUUAGACGACAGGCGCCGACAAGCGUCCGCGCUACGAAACCGAGGGAUGAUGAGGCUCUCGGUUAUCGACCUUCAGUCGACAAGGGUGUACGCGCUGCGACUUUAUCGAAUCACCACGCGAUAAGGUCGCCACACGAAGGCCGCAGCCCUUGUCUACCGUUGGUUAGGGGCAUUGAUCAGAAACUCGAGACGUUUUGCUUUCAAUCGAUCGAACGAUUCGAAAUGAAGAUCGCAUUGUGAACUUUUUUUGUUUUAUAAAAGGAUAAAUUUAUGGUAAAGCAGAUUUGAAAUGGGUAACGGAAAAAGUAUUGAUCGUUAGAGUGGAAGAGGGUGGAUGAGUUUCGCCAUCUCUCGGAGGGUGGAAGAAUGAUUUGCAGCGUGCGUGUCGGGUAUGAGCUUGGCAUUUCCUAAAUUGAGAUUGGAUAUAACUAUCUGUUGUGUAACUCUAUGCUAAUGUUUAAUUUAUACAAAUGUACAGCAAUCAUGAAACAAUGAUCGAUAAGAUACUUUUAAGGAAUCACUUGCAUAUUUAGAUACUGUAUCCAUUGUACCUAUGGAGAUUUUUACUUCAAGAUCUAUUAUCCUUAUGUAACUAUUAUGUUAUUUAAAAAAUACGUAUAUAAUCAGCGCCGUAAUUAGUCUUAUUUUAUAUAACUAAGAGCUUUUUCUCUUGUAAGAAACUCCUAAUAAGAUUACAUAAUUCAGAUAUGUUAAA